AGAAUAAAACCAAAAUAAUUUAUGUUUAUGUACAAAUAGACGCCGAAGUAUAAAUAACGUAAAGUUUGAUGCACAAUUCACAUAAAUUCUUAAUCGAAUAACCGAUAGUUUUGCUCGAAGCCGAAUUACGGAAAAAAACCACUAUGCGUUUCGCAGUUAUCGCUUUUUUGGCCGCUAUGGUUGCCUGUGCAGCAGCCGUAUACACUGAACACCAUUCAUGGAUCGGUAACGCUGGUAGUGGUAGCGGUAGUGGUAGCGGAAGUAGUAGUGGUAGUGGUAGCAGCAGCGGUAGCGGCAGCGGCAGCGGUAGCAGUAGCGGUAGCGGUAGCGGUAGCGGUAGCGGUAGUGGAGUAUGGAAUGGUGUAGGCAGUGGAGUAUGGAAUGGUGUUGGUAGCGGAGUAUGGAAUGGUGUUGGUGGCAGACCAUGGAAUUAUGUUAAUAGCGCAGGUGUAUGGAAUGGUGUUGGUAGCAGACCAUGGAAUUAUGUUAAUGGCGCAGGCGUAUGGAACGGUGUCAGACCAUGGAAUGUUAACAACCCUGCCGCAUGGAAUGUUGCAAACAACAGAGUAUGGAAUCGUGUUGUCGCCUAAACAUAAUAACUCUAUAAGCAAUACAUCAUACAUCAUUGAGGUUGCAAUCCCUGCCAACUUUUUUAACUUGAACUUCAAAUGAUAGGAACUAAUGAAAAUAAUGCUGGAAAAUGGAAUAAUAAUAAUUCACCUUAACCGAAGAAAUUCAUGGAACAGGUUGCCUUAGUAGCUAUUGUUUAUGACUUAACUUUCGAAUCUUUGAAAAUUAAUAUUUUGAAUAAAAAUCUUAUCAUUGGCAAUCAAA